GCCUGUCUCAUCCUCCUCUCCCUGCUCCGCACGACGCGAAAGUCGAAACCGAUCAAGGCCGUAGUCGCCUGCGUGCCCGCCGGAGAGGAGGAGGAGGAGCCUCUGCCCGCCCCCGGAGACCACCCACCGGUGGGGCCGCACGCCAUGGCGAGCGGCGGAGGCGGCUGCUUGCCCGCGAUGGAUCUGAUGCGGUCGGAGCCUAUGCAGCUUCUGCAGGUCAUCAUCCCCACCGAGUCCGCGCACCUCGCCGUCUCCUACCUCGGCGAUCUGGGCCUAAUCCAGUUCAAAGACCUCAAUGCAGACAAGAGCCCGUUUCAACGGACGUAUGCUGCUCAGAUCAAAAGAUGUGGUGAAAUGGCUCGCAAGUUGAGGUUUUUUAAGGAACAAAUGUCCAAGGCUGGCAUACAAAUUUCUCCUGUGCAAUUAACCGAAACUCCUCUGGAUUUUGAUGACAUGGAGAUAAAGCUUGGAGAGCUAGAAGCUGAACUAACUGAAGUCAAUGCAAACGAUGAGAAGUUACAGCGGACCUACAAUGAACUGUUGGAAUACAGUACUGUUCUUCAAAAAGCUGGUGAAUUUUUCUAUUCGGCUCAAAGAAGUGCUGCAGCGCAACAGAGGGAAAUGGAGACAAGUCAAUCUGGUGAUAUUUCACUGGAGAGUCCUCUGUUGGAGCAGGAUAUGUUUACAGAUGCAUCAAAACAAGUGAAACUUGGCUCUUUGAGUGGUCUUGUUCCAAAGGAAAAGGCAAUGGCUUUUGAGCGUAUAUUAUUCCGUGCGACAAGGGGCAACAUUUUGCUCAGACAAGAGUCCGUUGAUGAACCUGUCACUGAUCCACAAUCCGGAGAAAAGGUUUCCAAAAAUACAUUCGUCAUAUUCUACUCCGGUGAGAGAGCAAAAGCCAAAAUUCUGAAGAUAUGUGAUGCUUUUCGUGCAAACCGUUACCCUUUUCCUGAAGACCUUGGAAAACAAAUGCAUACUGUUCAGGAGGUAUCUGGAAAGAUAUCGGAGUUAAAGGCAACAAUUGACAUGGGAUUAGCUCACCGUGACAGCAUACUUAAAACUAUUGCAUUGGAGUAUGAGCACUGGAACCAUCUGGCAAAGAAGGAAAAAUCAAUUUACCACACUCUAAACAUGUUGAGUGUUGAUGUGACGAAGAAAUGCUUAGUUGGUGAGGGCUGGAGUCCAGUUUUUGCAACUAGUCAGGUUCAGGAUGCGCUUCAGCGUGCUACUCUUGAGAGCAAAUCCCAAGUUGGCUCGAUUUUUCAAGUUCUGAACACAAAAGAAUCUCCUCCAACAUAUUUCCAGACAAACAAAUUUACUUCAGCCUUCCAGGAAAUUGUUGAUGCAUAUGGGGUAGCCAAGUAUCAAGAAGCUAACCCUGGUGUAUUCACUGUUAUCACUUUUCCUUUCUUGUUUGCUGUAAUGUUUGGAGAUUGGGGCCAUGGAAUUUGCAUAUUACUUGCAACGCUCUAUCUGAUAAUCCGAGAGAAGAAAUUCGCUUCCCAGAAACUUGGAGACAUAAUGGAGAUGAUGUUUGGAGGGCGCUAUAUAAUUAUGAUGAUGGCGCUUUUUUCAAUCUACACAGGAUUAAUAUACAAUGAAUUUUUCUCUGUCCCAUUUGAGCUUUUUGCUAAAUCAGCCUAUGCGUGCCGUGAUCCUUCUUGUGGGGAUGCUACCACUGAAGGAUUGGUGAAGAUAAGGCCGACAUACCCAUUUGGUGUGGACCCUGUGUGGCAUGGGAGUCGUAGCGAGCUACCGUUUCUCAACUCACUGAAGAUGAAAAUGUCAAUUCUUCUUGGAGUUGCACAAAUGAACCUUGGAAUUAUGAUGAGUUACUUCAAUGCGAAAUUCUUCAGGAACAGUGUAAAUGUGUGGUACCAGUUUGUUCCCCAGCUUAUCUUCCUAAACAGCUUGUUUGGCUACCUGUCCAUGCUUAUCAUCAUCAAGUGGUGCACAGGGUCAAAAGCAGAUCUGUACCAUGUUAUGAUAUAUAUGUUCCUCAGCCCGACAGACGAGCUGGGAGAGAACGAGUUAUUUCCUGGCCAGAAAACAGUGCAGCUUGUCUUACUUCUGCUUGCUCUGGUGUCUGUUCCCUGGAUGCUGAUCCCGAAACCAUUUUUCUUGAAGAUGGAACACGAGCGAAGGCAUCAAGGACACCAAUACGCCAUGCUUGAGGGCGCAGAUGAAUCAGUGGUCGCAGAGCUUGGGGAACACCAUGAAGAGUCAAACCACCAUGAGGAGUUUGAGUUCAGUGAAAUUUUUGUUCACCAGCUGAUCCAUACAAUUGAGUUUGUUCUUGGUGCGGUCUCAAAUACUGCUUCAUAUCUUCGUCUCUGGGCUCUCAGUCUUGCACAUUCGGAGUUGUCCACUGUGUUCUAUGAUAAAGUUCUUCUUCUGACGUUGGGGUACAAUAACCUAUUCAUCCUCGCUAUUGGUGUCUUCGUCUUCAUCUGCGCCACUGUUGGCGUGUUGCUUGUUAUGGAGACCCUAAGUGCAUUCCUUCAUGCCUUGAGGCUCCAUUGGGUGGAGUUCCAGAACAAGUUCUACGAGGGUGAUGGUUACAAGUUCGCGCCAUUCUCUUUUGCACUGAUCACCGAGGAGGAAGAGUGAGUUCGUCCAAAUUCUUGUAUCUAUUAGUCUUUGUAAUAUCUCGGGUGGCCUUUGUUUCCAGAAAAAAAACAUUAUUUUAUCAAGGAAGAGUCAUAAACCUCCAGCCCCUUGUUCAAGCAAGGGAAGUGCAAUAUCAUUUUUAUUUAGGUAUGGAUUACACAGAAGGAUUAGUAUUUUUUUCUGGGGAGGGUUGGCAACAAAACUCUAGUGCAUCACCCUUACUUCUGCGUAAUUCUAAUAACGAGUUUUGCCUCGUGUUGCUGUUACGGCGCUGUGUAUUUGGAUAUAAAUAAGCAUGUAAUAAAAGGAUGUUCCACUGUGAUUAUUGUCAA